UCAUCUCCAAAAUUUCUAUGAUGAACAUUUAAAAUGUCUAAAAUUUAUAAUAAAUCCAUCAUUGGCCUAACUGUGGUGAAUGCUAUCCUUUUGGUAAUUAUUUAUGUUCUAUAUUAUGGAAAGCCGAAUUCACUUACGGAUGGUAAAAGAACUAAAUUGAAUGUGAACAAAAUUAUCGUUGAAACUGAAUCUGGAAAAAUUUCCGGUUUCAAUGAAAAAAUUGAUGGUGAUCAAAUACGGGUAUUUUUAGGAAUACCAUAUGCCGAUGCACCAAUCGGUGAAUUACGAUUUCAGCCGCCCAAAUCCAAACAACAAUGGAAUGAAACAAUCGAUGCCAAUCAUUGGCCGAAUCCUUGUAUGCAACCUGAUCAAUCAUUGCAACUAAAUAAUUAUAAUUUCAGUGAAGAUUGUCUUUAUCUAAAUAUUUGGUCACCAGUAAGCAAUGAUUCGCUAAAACCGGUCAUCGUUGUCAUCCAUACUGGAGCGUUUAUAUUUGGAUCGGCUUCCGAAUUCAAAUACAAUGGAUUGUUUCUUGCACAUCAUGCCGAAGUCGUUGUUGUCACAUUCAAUUAUCGUCUUAAUUUCUAUGGCUUUUUCUAUCGACUCAAUAUGACCAACAUUAUACCGAAUGUUGGAAUGUUAGAUCAAGUAGAAGCGCUCAAAUGGAUUCAUAAAUAUAUACGAUAUUUCGGUGGUGACGCAAGUCGUAUUACGUUGGUAGGCCAAUCGUCCGCAGCUUUGUCGGUUGGAAUGCACAUUCUUUCGCCAUUAAGCCAAGGUUUGUUUAGCCAGGCAAUUUUGAUGAGUGGUUCUCCAUUACAAAUUAAUGAAAUGAAUGACCCCGAACAAGUCACCAAAUUUUGGUCAAAUUACCUUCGUUAUAUGAAUUGCAAUAAUGCAGAAAAUAUAAUUGAUUGUGUCGAUUCUAAAAUAGUCAAGAAUCGAAGUCGUUUAGUUUCAAUGGAAAUGGUAAAACAAUUGGCAGAGGACAAAUUAUUUGUAAACAUUCCGAUCAUGAUUGAUGGACAUUUUCAACCAAAUAAUCCAAUCAAACUUUUAGAAAACUUAUCCAAUAUGAAUUUAUCCAUUCUCUAUGGCUACACAAAUGACGAAGGAUCAUGGAUUGCAAUGCUUGAAGAUCGUGAAUAUUUCGGAACACAGAUACGAUUACAUAUGCAAUCACUAUACCAAGCAAUGAGAACGGCGGAAAUAUUUUUAAACAAAAUGUUUACAUCAUUGCCGAUUAACAAGACGAAAAUUAUAGAUUAUUAUUUUAAUCCUUUGUUGAAAAUUCACAAUACGGAAAUGGCUACUGCUGAUACAAACAUUCUGCAUCGCAUUAUAACCAAUAUGCUUGGUGAUCGAUACAUUGUUUGCCCAAUGGAAAAUUUUAUUGAUUCUUUACUUGCGACAAAAAAAUCUUCCAUAUAUCAAUAUUAUUGGCAAUAUAAGGGUAGCCAUCGUACAAGUUCAUUUUGGAACACAUUUCAACGGGUUUGGUGCGGCGAUUGGAUGGGAUCAUGUCAUUCGUUUGAAAUGUUCGCCAUGUUUGGUAUUCCUUUCCUACAACCCACAUUAUUUGAUCAUUCGGAUCGGUUAGUUUCAAUGGAACUCAUUCAGAUGAUCAAAUAUUUUAUUCACAAAAGACGAUUACCUUGGCCUUUAUUGGAUUCUAAUCAAAAAAUAUUCUACAAUUUAGAUUCUGAUAAUGAAAAAUAUAUUUUUGGAAAUAAUUUCAAAAACUAUGAUUGUAAAAAUACAUGGAAUAAUUUUUAUCAAAGUAAAAGCAAUUAA